AUGAUGGUGAGCAUCUUUACCGGAGCCACACCGCCACAUCUAUGUCGGGACAGCCUUGACCCCAUUGUGCGCAACGAGACAUUUGUCUACACUCCGUUUAUUCUCAACUCAAGUGGUUCUUGUUCAUGGUCAGAGAGUUUCCUGCAGGACAACAGCUCUGCUCCCCCGCGGUGCGUUCAUGGAUGGGCUUACAGCAAUGACACAUUCCAUAGCACCACAGUCACCGAGUGGGACCUGGUGUGUGAGAAUGCCCGUCUGAACAGCAUUGGCUCAUCCAUCUACAUGUUUGGGUUGUUGGUGGGAUCCUUGGUAUUUGGAUAUCUUGCAGACAGGUAUGGCAGGCGUCUCAUCCUGCUGCUGUCCAUUGCGCUCCAGACGGUGUUCGGAGUGGCUGUGGCUUUCGCUCCAAACUUCAUUGUUUACGUGAUGCUUCGUUUUAUUGUCGGAGCAACAAUAUCAGGAGUCAUCAUUAAUGCUUUUGUUCUCGGUACUGAGUGGACAUGCACCAACAGACGCAUGCUGGCUGGCAUCACCACCGACUAUGCCUUUGGCCUGGGCUACAUGCUGGUAGCAGGCAUAGCUUACCUCAUACGAGACUGGAGAAAGUUACAACUGGCAAUAUCGGCACCUGGCUUCCUGCUUUUUUUCUACAUAUGGGUCCUUCCUAAAUCCGCUCGCUGGUUACUGGCCAACAACAGAAAAGAUGAGGCCGUCGCACUUCUGCGAAAGGCUGCACAAGUGAAUGGCCGAGUGUUAUCCCCAACCCUGCAGGUGGAAAAGUGUGAAGUCAAAGGUGGAAGUCAGCGUCGUCACACAGUGCUGGAUCUCGUGCGCACUCCGAAUAUGAGAAAACAAGCCCUCAUACUGUUCUACAUCUGGUUCGUAAACGUGCUGGUGUACUACGGCCUCUCGUUAGGAGUCUCCAGGCUGGGCUCGGACCUGUACAUGACCCAGUUUGUGUUCGGCCUGGUGGAGAUCCCAGCUCGCACCCUGGUUCUGGUUGUACUUCCUUUCAGCCGGCGCUUUUCGCAGAGCGGCUUCCUGGCUCUCGGAGGACUGGCCUGUCUCAUCAUGCUCGCCGUCCCGCUGGAUCAACCCAAUGUAUUGACCGGUCUUGCCAUGGUGGGGAAAUUUGGAAUCACUGCUUCUUUCGCUGUGAUCUAUGUGUACACGGCGGAGAUAUUCCCAACGGUUAUCCGCCAAACCGGGAUUGGCGUGUCCAGCAUGUUUGCCAGGAUGGGUGGCGUUUUGGCCCCUAUGAUCAACCUCCUCCAAGACCAAAACCCUACGAUGCCUCUCGUUAUUUUUGGGAUGGCGCCGUUGCUCGGAGCUGCCCUGGCCCUGAUGCUGCCUGAAACGGCCGACAAGCCUCUGCCAGAUUCUGUGGAGGAUGUGGAGAACUGGGACUCAAGGUCAUCAGCUGCUGACCUCGGUUCUCCCAAAGUUCCAGCUGAUGUGUGUGAACUGGCAAACAACUCCGGGGAACAUAAAAGAUCUUAG